AUGGUGAACUUGAAUCGUUUAAAUUCAUGCGCCUACUGCUCAGGCUUCUGUAUCUUUCCUUUUUUUUUUUUUCUUCUUUUCUUUUCUUUUUCUUUAUUUAUUAUUUUUAUUCAUUUUCUUUUUUCUCCUUUUUUCUCCUUUUUUCCUUUUUCUUCUUUAUCUUUUUUCUGCUUUUUUCUUCUUUUCUACUUUUUCUUCUUUUUCUUUUUCUUCUUUUUUCUUUUUUCUCCUUUUUUCUUCUUUUUAUUUUCUCCUUUUUCAUUUUUCUUCUUUAUCUUUUUCUUCUUAUUUCUUCUUUUCUACUUUAUCUUCUUUUUUCUUCUUUUUCUUUUUUCUCCGUUUUUCUUCUUCUUUUUCUCUUUUUUUCUCCUUUUUUCUUCUUUUGUUUUUUUUUGCUUUUUCUUCUUUUCUACUUUUUUCUUAUUUUUUCUUCUUUCUCUCCUUUUUUCUUUUACUUUUUUCUUUUUUUCUUUUACUUCUUUUUCAUUUUUCUUCUUUUUUGCUAGUUUCUCUUACUUUCUCUCUCAACGAAUCGUAAUCUUUCUCUUAUUCAUAACCUCUCUUUAUAAUAAUUCUCUUUAUUUCACUAAAUUUCUCUCUUUCUCAAAUUCUUAUUCUCUCUUAAUCAAAUUUGACUUUUUCAUUCUUCUCUUUUUCUUAAGCAGUUUCUCUUUUUCUCAGAUUUUUAUUCUUUCUUUUUCGCUCACUCAGUAUUUUAUCAUAUUCUCUUUUUUUCUUAAAUUCAUACUCUCUCUCUUUUUCAUAUUCAUAGUCCCUAUCUUUCUCACAGACAAUCAUUUUCUGAUAUCCAUGUUCUCUCUCUUCCUCAUAUUCCUGGCCGCCCUCUCUCUCACAUUCUUGGUCGCCCUCUCUCUCUCUCAUAUUCCUGGUCGCUCGCUCUCUCAUAUUCCAGGUCCCCCCCUCUCUCUCUCUCUCUCUCUCUUUCUCUCAUAUUCCAUGUCGCUCUCUCUCUCUCUCUCUCAUAUUCUUUUUGUUCCUUCUCUCUCAUAUUCCUGGUCGCUCGCUCUCUCAUAUUCCAGGUCCUCCCCCUCUCUCUCUCUUUCUCUCAUAUUCCAUGUCGCUCUCUCUCUCUCUCUCUCUCUCUCUCUCUCUCAUUUUUUUUGUUCCCUCUCUCUCAUAUUCCUGGUCGUCCUCUCUUUCAUAUGUUUGGUUUCUCUCUCUCAUAUUCCUGCUCUCUCUCUCUCUCUCUCUCUCAUAUUCCUGGUUGCCAUUCGUCUCACAUUCCUGCUCCCUCCCUCUCUCUCUCUCUCUGUCUCAUAUUCUUUUUGCCCCCCACCUCUCUCUCAUGUGUUUGGUUUCUCUCUCUCUCAUAUUCCUGGUUGCACUCUCUCAAAUUCACGCUCUUUCUUAUUCAUCUGUGUCACUCAGUCUUUUUUAUAUACGCAUUCUCUCACUUUCUCUCAUCUAUAUUCUCACCCCUCUUUCUCAAUAUCAUAUACUCCCUCUCUCUCUAUUUAUACUGAUUCAUAUUCUCUCACUCAUCCAUUCAGUAUCUCUUUCCCACACUUCAUUUCUCCCCCCGAUAUUCCCCUCUCAUUCAUUUUCAUUUAUUCACCCGCCACAUUUCAUUCUCAAAUUUUUAAUCUCUUUUCUCAUUUCACUAUUACUAAUCUCUCUCUUUCUCUUGUUACUAAUCUCUCUCUUUCUCUAGUUACUAAUCUCUCUCUUUCUCUAGUUACUAAUCUCUCUCUUUCUCUUGUUACUAAUCUCACUCUUUCUCUUGUUACUAAUCUCUCUCUUUCUCUUGUUACUAAUCUCUCUCUUUCUCUAGUUACUAAUCUCACUCUUUCUCUAGUUACUAAUCUCUCUCUUUCUCUUGUUACUAAUCUCACUCUUUCUCUCUUCUCUCUUUUCUUGUUAAAUCUCUCUCUUUCUCUUGUUACUAAUCUCUCUCUUUCUCUAGUUACUAAUCUCUCUCUUUCUCUUGUUACUAAUCUCUCUCUCUAA